AUGCCAUUUGCGAGAGCCCCUCUUGCAUUCACCAUUGAGGUAUAUUGCCGCGAGAAGCGUGUGUUGUCAAAUGAGGACAUAGUAACUUCAGACUGUGCUUGUAAGUUUGCAGCGCGUGUUGCAUGGGCCAAUGGGACGCCGGACAGUUUGUGGGUGGCGCGCCCGGGCGCCCAUGUAUUGGCCGCCCAGCGCGAUCUUCCCAAUCUCAGUGUCGUCACUUCGCUGCUGGAGGAUUUCCAUGUUGACGUGAACGAGAGGACCUGGGGCUCAGAAUACGAUGACUUCGAACGAUAUCUCGUAUAUGAUAACUCGGCUCUUCACUACGUUGCGCAAGGCUUGCGUUGGUGGCAUGUAUACCAUACGAUGAAGUAUCUCUUGAAGGCGCCGGGGAUUGAUCUUAAUCUCCAAAUCAAAGAUUGCUUGACACCUCUCCACAUGGCAAUUAAAGGUCGGGUGCCAGUCUGCAAUCCUAGACCUUACUCUUACGACUCGGUGAAGUGUCUGCUUGAGGCCGGAGUAGAUAUCCACGCUGUGGCGAAAGGGGGAGAAAGCUGUCUUAGCAUGGCCAAGCACGAUAUCCGGACUAUCCGACUGCUUAUCAAGCACAGAGCCAUAAUCUCGCCUGAAGAUAUCGUAUCAGCAGUCGAAGCCGGUCGAACCGAUAUACUCCGUGCGCUGUUUCACGCAAGAGAUGACGAUGGAGAAUGUCUGGACUUGGACUUAGUUGCACCACUACAGGCAGCGAGCUUGCUGUUCUAUAAACCAACUGAAGACAACUAUGUGCUACGAUUGGUGGUUGAUAAUGCAAUUGUCAUCGAGAUGAUUGAGAUACUUAUUGAAUAUAGAGUAAACCCCCUCUCUGACUACUUCUUUAUCGGAGGGGAUGAUAGCUUAUAUUUAACUAUCCGUUCUAAAAAUUUUGCGUCAACCUUUAAUGAGAAUGCUAAGUAUCAAAUUCUAUUAUACUUUAUAAUUAUAGGAGUUAGAGAGCUAUAA